AUGGGGGCCCCGCGCACGGAGCCCCGAGCGCUGGGGACCCUCCUGGGGACCCUCCUGGGGACCCUCCUGGCCUGCCUGGCCACCCUGCCGGCCACCAGCGCCUGUCCCCGGCCCUGCGCCUGCCCCGGCCCCGCCGAGCUCCACUGCACCUUCCGCUACCUGAGCGCCGUCCCGCCGCGCAUCCCGCCCGGCGCGCAGCGCAUCAACCUGGGCUACAACAGCCUGCGGAAGCUCAGCCCCACGGACUUUGCUGGCCUGGAGAAGCUGGAGUUACUGAUGCUGCACAGCAAUGAGAUCAGCACCAUCCCUGACAAGGUGUUCAGUGAUUUACAUUCACUGCAGGUCUUAAAAAUGAGUUACAACAAGGUCAGAGUGCUUCAGCAGGAUGUGUUUUAUGGCCUGAGCAGCUUGGUACGGCUGCACAUGGACCACAAUCAAAUUGAAUUUGUGAACCCCAAUGUUUUCUAUGGACUCACUUCCUUGAGGCUGGUCCACCUGGAUGGAAAUUUACUUCAGCAGCUGCAUCCAGACACUUUUGUCACCUUGCGCUACAGUCAGAUAUUCAGGACAUCCUUCCUGAAGCACAUCUCUCUGGCUGACAAUCUGCUGACCUCACUUCCACGAGAAAUGUUUUCCUACAUGCCAGAGCUCGAGAGCAUUUACCUGCACGGGAACCCCUGGUCCUGUGACUGCAGCCUGCAGGGCUUUGCAGCGUGGGCACGGGACAGACCAGAUGUUAUAAAGUGCAGGAAAGAGAGAAGUUCUGGUGUCCAGCAAUGCCCAGUCUGUGCUAGUCCCAGAAAUCACAACGGGAAAAGUUUAGCAGAUCUUCCUUCUGCAUCUUUCAUCUGCACUAAGCCAGUCAUCCAGGACUCCCUGAAAUACAGGAACCUCACGAUGCCAGACGAUGGGGAUUUCCGUUUUGUGUCUCCCGAGGACUUGAUAGCCCCGAUAGGAUCUGUGGUUCUGAACCUGACUGACCAAGCAGGAAAUCGAGGCGACUUGGUUUGCGAUGUCCAGAAACCAAAGGAAACGUCUCCCAUCUCGUUUGAGAAAAGCGGCAACAGCACAGUGCUCAAAACCUCCUUCUCAGCAUUCCUGGUGUGUGCUAUCGACUUUGAACGCAUCCAGCAGCUCUGGAGCAUCCUGGCGCUGUACAGCAACUCUCCUUUGGAGCUGGAGCAAACCGUGCAGGUAUCCGACGCGCCUUUUAUUAGCUACAAGUACAAGCAGGUCUCCAGCGAGAGGGACGAGCUGUUCACCGCGGUGGAGGCGGUGCUGCGGGCCGAGCCAGGCUGGCUGCUGCAGCGGCGGCUGGCCCUGCGGCUGGAGCGGGCGGGCAGCACGCUCAGCGCGCUGCGCCUCCGCCUGUCCGCCCGGCUCAGCCUGCCCGGCCGCCCGCAGAGCCAGGACAGCGGCAGCAGCGGCCGCAGCGAGCUCACCGUGCCGCCCGGGGGCUCGCUGGAGCUGCGCUGCCGGGCGGAGGGGCAGCCGGCCCCGGCCCUGCUCUGGGCGCUGCCCGACGGCAGCAGGCUGCGGGCGCCCCACGUCAGCGAGGACGGCAGGAUCGCCGUGCUCGGGAGCGGGGUGCUGGCGCUGAGGAUGGCCGACGUGUUCGACUCGGGGCUCUACCACUGCGUCGGCACCAACCGGCAGGACGCCGAUGUGCUCACGUUCCGGGUCACGGUGCUGGAGCCGUGGCCGGAGCGCGGCGCGGUCAACGGGGCGCGGCUGGCGGCGGCUCUCGGCAGCACCCUGCACCUGCCCUGCAGCGCCACGGCCGCCCCGGACCCUGCCCUCACCUGGGUGCUACCCGAGCACACCGUCCUGAGCCACUCCGCGGGGAACAAACGCAUCCUCGCCGAUGGCACCUUGAGAAUCCAGGGGGUGACGGAGCGGGACGCGGGCUACUUCCGAUGUGUCGCGGCCAACCGGUACGGGGCUGACCUGCUGGUGUUCCAGGUGCUCCUGACACAGGAUGGAACUGCUCUGGAGGAACGGCAAGGGGCUCUGGGCGAGUGGGAAGAAGGCUCUGGCAAUGAUCUGCUGCUCUCUGCUGAGCCUCCCCCCGGGAGCAUCGGUGCAGGCUCCAUGCCCAAAGCAGCAGUGCUGGGGGUCCCCGACAGCCCUGAGACAGCUCAGCACAGGCCCAGGGCAGCCACACAGACAGCAGCAGCCCUGGGCACCUGCGGGAGCACCUGCUCCGCCCGCGCCUGGGCUGAAAGGCCACAAGACCGAGACACCACCACCAUCCCCAGCCCCACCACCUCGGGCUCUGCAAGCAGAAACCACUUCUCAAAGCCCAGAAUCGUCGGAGGGGAAUCAGCUGCUUACACUCUGCUGGCGAAUUCUGAUGCUUUUAUUCCUUGUGAAGCUACUGGGAACCCCCCUCCAACAAUACAGUGGACCAAGAUACCAUCAGGCCGCGGUGCCGCAGGUGCCAGCUGGGCGGUGCUGCCCAACGGGACUCUGGCCAUCGCCCGGGCGGGGCUGCAGGACGCGGGGCAGUACCUGUGCACGGCGGCCAACGCUCUCGGCGCGGCGCGCCUGCUGGUCACGCUGGCCGUGCUGGGCUCGCCCCCGCGCAUCGCCGGCGGCCAGCCGCGCCUGCUGACCGCGCACUCGGGGACCAGCGUGGCGCUGCCCUGCAAAGCCCAGGGCUGGCCCCCUCCCAGCAUCUCCUGGCUCCUGGCGAACAGCACCCGCCUGUCGCGCCUGUCGCACCCCUCGGGCCCCGGCAGAGCCCGCGUGGAGCCGGACGGCACGCUGCUCCUCCGGGCCGUCACCGUGUACGACCGCGGCCUCUACACCUGCCUGGCCACCAACCCCGCGGGCUCGGACGCGCUGGCCCUGAGGCUGCAGGUGGUCGCGGCCCCUCCCAGCAUCCUGGAGGAGAAGAGACAGAGCGUGGUGGGAGUGCUGGGGGACAGCCUGAGGCUGCCCUGCACGGCACAGGGGAACCCCGAGCCCACGGUGCACUGGGUGCUGCCCGACGGCACAGUGCUGGAACCAGUGCAGCCGGAACCUCUGCAGAUGGAACCCCUGCAGCCAAAACCCCUGCAGCUGGAACCCCUGCAGCCAAAACCCCUGCAGGUGGAACCCCUGCAGGUAAAACCCCUGCAGCUGGAACCCCUGCAGCUGGAACCCCUGCAG